GCAUGGACGCCGAGCUACUAAAAGUUAGGAGCCAUGAAGGGAAUAACAGUUGCUUAGUUGAGGAGAUGAUUAACAAGGUUUUUGGAAGGGGGCGCGAAGAUCUGGAUGACGAUGGAGCUGCGACGCCCUUAGAGUCCGCUCCGCCUACCCCUCGACAGGAUUCCCGAAGCCCGAGCCGGUCCCCCCCGCUUUUCGAAGCCAUUCUGGCUUGCACGAGCCCGGACGUCGAGUUUCUGGCAGUUAGCCAUUACGGUAAGGCAAGCCCUGGGAGGAAUCGAGUUCCGUCGAGAACGUUUGACUGUCGAGGUGCUCGCACCGCUUCCAACGUAGUAAAAGUAAACAGUCGCCGGGCUCGGACGGUGAUUAAAAACGGAAGGACUAAAUAAGGGUUGGGGAGGAAUGAGGGUUUACAAAUUGCCUCCCAGGCAGCGAGCGCAAAAGAAAGAAGCUGCGGGGUUUAGAAGGAAAUCGACGAGGUUUUUAGGAGGAGGGCUCCGGGUCCGGGUUGCCAUCGCCGGUUACAGGCCUCAGGCAGUUGAUACCAUCUUGUUGACGUUGACGCGCUUUGAAGGUUCAGCCAAGUAUCGGGAGACAGGUAGUUGUAUUCAGAUUCGGUCAAAGAUCAAGUACCUCUUUCGCCAUAAAUCACCCAACGAAG